CCUUGUGGCAGCAAAACGUGGCGUGCAGCUCAGCUCAGCUUGGGCCUAAGUUACGCCAUUCCUCGCUUCCAUCCAUGGAUCCAUUCUUCCCCAGGGCACCUACGCGUACUUGGCGCCAUCUUACCUACCCAUUGAAGCUUCUUCGUCACCUCCAGGCCGCACCCGCCCCACACCAAACCUCCAUCGCCAUCCCGCCUCACCCUCGCCCGCCCCGGCGCCCGCGCGUCGUCGGAUGAGCCGCUGGCUUGCGGCGCCCUACAGUAUACAUUUUGACAGCAGCACAGCCCGGCAGUGGGUCGGCCGCUCACCAACCCUGUCGGUAGGAGAGGCACUUUGUAUCGUACUUGGUACCUAACGUGGUAUCAUCGGACAGGGGGCAGCGCGGCCCAUCGGUGUUGAGACAUCAGUCUCGGCACAGCGUCAUCGGGCGGCCGAAAGGAAACCCUCCCAUACGCGGCCGACUGGGGUUGCACAUCACACUGCCAAUUGCUCCCAAGACAUGUAAGACGGCAUCGUCCCGCACGCGCGUGCUGCAGAGGCGCAGCGUCUGCCGAACCAUGGAAGCGUCGAACGACAUGGAGCGUAUACAAGCACGCACAUGCAUACAUCGUAUGAAGUACUUAUAUAAACCCUUCGUGGUAGCUUCGUUCACGCCAUGCCAUGCUCUCCCUCCAUCGCCUUGAUCAUCAUCAUCAUCAUCUCUCCAGCUCCCCCGCCAUGCAUCUCGUCGUCUCGCUCACCUGCCUCCUCUCCGCGGCCGCGCAGGCCGUCCUCGUGCCCGGCCCGCCGGGUCCGUACGGCGUCGCCUCGCGCGUCCUCGCCUUCACCGACGACGCCCGGCCGGAUCCCUACGAGCCAACGCAGAAGCGGCGCAUCCUCGUCUCGGCCUUUCUCCCCGUCGACAAGUCCACCCAUGCCUGCCGGCUGGACGCGGCCGCCCUCAUGCCGCCGCUGACCACGUCCGUGUACAACCAGCAAGCCGUCGAGGGCGGGCUGCCCAACGACACCUUUUCCCGCUUCGAGAUGCAGUACUGCAGGCUCCCCGCGCCGCCGCUUAACAACAACAAGAGUGAAAACGGCAAUGGCGGCGGCUGUCGCGGUAACAGCAGCAGCAGCAAGUAUCCCGUCGUGCUCUUCUCGCCCGGGUACGGCGUCUCCCGGCUCGCCUACUCGGCCGGCGCCCGCGCCCUCGCCAGCCACGGCAAGGUUGUCAUCACCAUCGACCACCCGCACGACGCCAUCCUUGUCGAGUUCCCCGACGGGGCCGUCUUUUACGGCGACGUGAACCAAACGGACCCCAACGCGACCCGCAAAUCUCUCCCCAUCCGCGUCGCGGACAUUUCGUUCCUCGUGGACCAGCUUCACCGGCCGUCCGUCAUAGACGCCCUGACCAAGGACUACCCGGGCCGGCUGGACGUCGACAAGCUGAUCCUGUACGGCCACUCGCUGGGCGGCAACACGGCCGCCAACGCCAUGCUGCGCGACGGGCGCAUCCUCGCGGGCGCCAACAUCGACGGCCACAUGUACGGCCCCGUCAUCGAGCGAGGCCUCGCCGCGCCGUUCCUGCUCGUCGGCACGCCCGGCCACAGCGCCACCCCCGGGAGCAACUGGCCGGAGCUGUACGGGCGGCUGCGCGGCGCCAAGAUGGACCUCGCCGUCGCGCGCACGCAGCACCUCGCCUUCACCGACGUGCCGCUGCUGGUCACGCGCAUGCCCGACAUUGCGCCCGAGAACCGCCCGCUGCUGGACAAGUUCAUCGGCGACAUUGACGGCGCGCUGCUGCAGGACGUGGUGCUCGAGGUGGUGAAUGGCUUGGUCGAGCUGGGCGUCGCGGGCAGGAGCGAGAAGCUGCGAGGCAUCGGCGAGAGGUUCAAGGGGGUGGUGACGGUGCUCAAGAGCCGCCUGCCAGGACGGUGAUGACAAAAUCAAAAGACGUCCGACGUGUCAUUUGUUCUGAUGUUGGUCCGUGGGAACAUUUCUGUGUGCCGCCCUACCAUCAGAAAGGAGGGGUUGAGGCUACUUUCACUUUUCUUCUCUUGGAGUAGAUACCUAGGGCCCUACCC